AAGGACUGACUGCAAAGGAGAUUCCUGGGGCGACUCUUCUUGCUAACCUAAGUGACAUUAUUGUUUUGCCUCCUGCUUUAUAGGAAACACAGAGAAUUCCCUGGACCAUGCACGGUGGGAGCACAUGCUACUUCAGUUCCUAAGAACAACUCUGGAGAUGAUAGACGACAGUGCCUGGAGCAGGCAGAUAAGCCUUGAGUUGAGCCAGCAGAUGGCCAGCUAUACCAGCCCCUCCCAUGAGAAGAGUUUCCUGUAUAAGGCCUUAGGAACGUCCUUAGCAGUUUGUCAGGACCUGGUCCAUGUUAAAUCACAGCUUUGUAAAUUUCUGACAACAACAGAUUAUAUGGAAGUCCCUGAGAGACAGAGAGUCAUUUCCAUCCUCGCAUUCUCUGCUGAGAGCCAUCUGGACCUCACCCUGAACGCACUUCACGAGUUUGGGGCUGCAAUGAGCAAAGUUAAGAUUUCUGGGUUCAUCAGCCGCCUGAAGGUAAAGGAGCCAGGGGGUUCUCUCAAACUUCCUCUCCCUCUAAAGCAGGGGCAGCAGCUCUGGGGUAGUGUCUCCUCUGGUCAGCUAGCAUUGUCCCCCAGUGUAUGCGUUCUACAUGAUGCCUGCAGUUAAGCAGUGAGGAGCACAAUCUGGAGCUGGGGUUCUCAUGUCACAUGGCUUGAGCGCCCCUCCCAUGCACAAUGUGUGGGAACUACCUCAGUGGCUUGCAUGGAAAAGCAUUUAAGGUAUUUUUAGCUGUUUUUUUAAUCCCAGUUAGUAGCUGGAAAUGAGGAGAUGUUGCAAGCAACAUGUGGCCAACCAACCUGCUUUAGGUAGGCCACCAGUGGUCUACGGAUGACAAUUAUGGAACCUCUGAUU